AUGACCGACGCACCAGCCAAGCCCCAUACCGUCGUCUGCAGGAAUUGGAGAAAUGCUACAGCAGCGGAACUUCGUGAGAUGUGCCCACAGCAAAAGGCCCGUUAUUUGGCUUAUGAGGAACCACCUAAGGAGGCGCAGGGUGUGAUGGCUGUAGCGCGGCAGAGGGUGUGUGCCAGGCUGACAGAGUGGAAAGACAGACAGGCCAAUGUGAAUGUUGCGCAACAGUCAGAAAGAGCUAACACAAUAAUCGGUCAACUGAAGGCUGCAGAGGCGCGCAACAGGGUUCGCCUUAUGAGGCUGCGUCACCAGAACAUCAGGACCCAAGAUAUAAGUCUGAUGAUCGCCUGUCAGCCCACUGCUCAGAGGGCUGUACGGCUGGAGCUUUUACUGCCACAAGAAGAGACAGGACUCAAUGUUCCGGAUCCUUUUGACAAACUCCAGAGGAAGAGGGUUGAGCAGCUACUGGAUAAGAGCUGGGGAACUCUGGAAAGAAGGUGGUGA